AAGGCGGCGUCGCUUUGCGGCGUCUCUGAGGCGAGGCAGGCGGGCGAGCUGGGGCUCAGCCAGGCGGGCUCCGGAUCCGCUCUGCCGUCCUUCGCGCGUUCGCUUCCCACCCGGCAACCCCUCGGCCGAGCGAUGCUCCUGACGGUCUUCUGCCUGCGGCGCGACCGCUCCGAGCUCACCUUCUCGCUCCAGGUCGACGCCGACUUCGAGCUCCAGAACUUCCGCGCCCUCUGCGAGCUCGAGUCCGGCAUCCCCGCCGCCGAGAGCCAGGUCAGCGCGCGCCCGGGAGGGGGAGGGGUGCGCGUGCCCUGGGCUGGGACAUGAAGAGAACGGAGGGGGGAGGGGGGGAAAUAAGGCGAGGCCAAAGGGGCACGUGUGUCUCUCUGUGUGUGCUCUCUCGCGCCUCCCCCUCUUACUCCGAGUAGACCCUCUUUUAAAACGAGGGCGGCUUAAUCCGGCCUUCCUUGCUUUUUAAUCAACUUCGGGUUUAGCUGUGGUUCCUGCAUUGCAAGGGCGGGGCGGGGGUGCGACUAGGUGACCCUAGUCGUCCCUGACCCCUUCCAGCUCUGCAGGCCUAUGGAAGGGUCUCCUCUUGAGUAGAGCUCACCUUUUGGGUGCAUGGGUCCGGCUUUCCCCAGCUGGGUGAAUGGGGUCUUGACCCAGCAGUGUGUGUAUUUAUCUCUCCCCCCCCCAAUAUAUCUGCUUUCUUAAGGUUUUAGUCAUGUUUUAUUUAUUUUUAAAUAAUUAUCCUGUGUGUAAGUCACAUGCAAAUCGCCUCUUUACAUGUUGCACCAUUUGCCUUUUAAACUGCAAUUUGCUUUGGGCACCUUUGGCAAAAAAGUGGUAUGUGAAUAUGGUAAAGAUAGUAUGAUUAGUAAAGCAGUGGUGGGGAUAGUUGUCCCCCUCCGAAAAGCUUCAGGGUGCCCAACCCCGUGGGUCAUAUCCAUGUAAGUUCUACCAAGAGUAGACCCAUUGAAGGGAAUGGAGCAAAGUUACCCAUGCCCAUUUAUUAAAAUUGUGUCCACUCUGUGUAGGGUUAGCAUUGCCAAAGAAAUCAACAAAUUUCAGUGCCAAGCACAGUCCAAAUAAAACACUAGCUCUUUUCAGACUUCUUUAAAUGAAUAAAGACUAACUCAGUCCAAUUAUUGCUAGUGGGCCUCCGCUGAGUAGGACCCACAUUGGCUAUACAACCAAAUGGACAGUAUCUGUCCAGUGUUAGCCACCUGUACUCAAGAGUAGACCCAUUUGCAUCUAAUGGGGUGGGGUUGCUUCAUAAGCCCAUUAUUGGCUUCAGUGUGGGCUAUUCUCGAGUAUGCCUAGCUAACAUUGGAUGGGUGUCUUCCAGGUGGAUCAAAGCACCCUUUCCCAACCUGGAACUUUUUAGAGCAGUGGUGGCCAAACUUGGCCCUCCAGCUGUUUUGGGACUACAAUUCCCAUCAUCCCUGGACACUGGUCCUAUUAGCUAGGGAGGAUGGGAGUUGUAAUCCAAAAACAGCUGGAGGGCCAAGUUUGGCCACCACUGCUCUAGACAUUGCUGGACUCCCAUCAGUGAUCCUGCAUGACCAGGGAGCUGAAGGCCAGCAGCAUCCAGGGGGGCUGCGGUUUCUCAGUCCCUGCGUUAAAAGAAGGAAAAAUAGCAUUGGAGGUAGCUAGGGCCAGUAAAAGCAAGUGGCAUUGGUGGCUCUCCAGGUAUUGUCAGACUCCCAAUUCCCAGUGUGGCCAGUGAUGGGGUGGUAACCCAGCAACAACUUGUGCUCUGGUUGUGUAGGAGGCAUCCUUGGGUGGGGUGUCUGUUGGGUGCUGUGCUGCAGUUUGUAUUGCAGCUGGCUCUGUUUGUGGCUCCUCAUGAUAUGUGAUAAAACUCUGCCUGGCUUUUCACGAGAGACUGAUAAAGGAGACGGUGUCGGCGCUCUGUUCGUGCCACAGUGUGCAGCUUGUUAAAAGCAGAGUGGGAGAGGAAAGCCCCUGCCAAGCUCUCCUAGGAGCAUCUUGCAUCAGGGAUUGGGGUGGGGCCCACUUCCUCCGGCUGUGGGUCUGUAAAAAUGAAAGCAGCUUAAGUUGCUUUGGGCCAAGUCAACCGGUUUGCCCCAGUGUGCCUGACACAGACUAGCAGCUGCUCUCAUGCCUUGGUCUUUCGCAGCCCUACCUAGAGAUCCUGGUGGAAAGUGAACAAUGGGACCUGCUGAUUGCCAAGAAGGGGCUUUGCCACUAAGGUAGAGAGGCUAGGUUUUUAGGAUUGUCUGUGUUUACCCUGGCACCUCUUUACCCUGGGCUUUGACCCUGUUCUUGUGAUUGUAAGUUGUUUAAAACAGUUUUUAAUGUUGUGUUUUAAAUAGUUGCAAAUUGCCCUGGGUUCUUAGGGUGAAAGGCAAGUAGUAAAUUUAAAUAAAUAAUAAUUCAGCUUAGAAGAUAGUUAUGCUGAUCUGGCCCCUGUAACCACCCAGAGGAGUCUCCGUGGUGUGGUUCAUGUUUCUCAGGAGUGCAUCAGGCCCUACACACCUGAAAAGAAUGAAGACCAACCAAUGCCAGUGGGUCUUAUCUGGAGUAGAGCUUAGUUGGAAUCAACCUUGUCCCAUGGGAAGGUAGGGAGUCAAAAGGAGGACCUCAUAGCUUGGAAGUCUCUUUGGAAGUCUCUUGCAGUCAACAGGACUUUGCAGGAUGAGGCAACCGCCUGGCACAGAGGAGUGAGUGUCCGGCUCAUCUUGGGUUGGCAACGUGAGGUCCUUCCCCGGACUCUUGCGCCAGAGUAUCAUGACCGUCUAUUUUAAGAUUGUGGGAAGCUGUGAAUUCUCUCCCGCCUCCAUAGCUAAACUGCUCCCUUCAUGCAGGCAGUAAACAUCAUGGAGCAGUAAACACCGUGGACCUCCCAGAUGGGCCCCCGGAUCCUUGUCUCAGAGUAGGGAGCCCCCCUUGACUCACUGGGCCUCCUUUUACGCCCCUUCUGUCCUGCCUCCUCAAUCUCUCUCCCUGCCUCCUUCUCAUAUUGCACAUUAUGGACUGGUGAUAGAAGGAAGCUGGAGGGGAAUAGGGCUGGUGGGUUGCGGGAGGGGGGGAGAUGUUCCCCCAGUGAAACAUUGAGGGAUCCAGCCCAGUCCAUGCCCACCUCUCGGAGAGCUGGCCAGGUGUCUCCUGGUACUGGAACCCCUUGCACUUGCCUUUGCUGCGUUUCCUGGCGCCCCUCCCUUGACGGAGGUGGCUCCUGCCUCUGAUAGAACUGGCUCACCCACAAUCCUUUGUGCCAGUUGGGCAAGAUUGCUCAGGAUUGUGGGCGGCUCUGGAGGAGCUGCUUUUGAACUCCCAUCUUGCACUGUGAAUGAUGCAUCCCACAGUAGAGGUGUGCACGACUUUUGCCAACUCCUAAUGGUGUCUUGGGACUGGGAGGAGAAGCGACUUCCUGGAGGCCAAAGAGCUCCCUGCUCCGCGCCAGACUGGCUGGUGUAAGGAGUGUGUGUUUCAUAACCUGGAUCAGUUCAGAGAAGAGCCCCUGACUUGGCUGCUUUUGUGAACUGUUUGAGUCAAGUGUGGCUCUUUUGCUCCUGGGCUGUCUUUGUCUAGGGCUGUGCCAUGGGAUGUCAAAACUAUAAGUUGGAAAGCGAAAGUGAUACUUACCUGCCUGAGGCUUUGUGUGGGGAAUUCAGCAAAGCCCUCUCUCCCUCCUCCAUCAAGCCUGCUCUUUCGCUGACAUGGCGUUUUCUUGCCACCUCUUGCCUGCCUUGAAAGUGUUUAGAUGCAAAGCUGUCAUAAGGCGCUCACCUGAUAGCCAGCAGUCCUGUGUUUCAGUGUUAUCUCUCAGGCCAUUGACUUCCAGUGCAGGUUUCAUGAAGCAAAGCAAGAUAACGAUAGCAUUAUCUGUGGUUUUGAGUGUGGUUGCGCAGGGAAAUGUGGAAGGAGUUCCCCCCGCAAAUGCCAGGUUUCUUAUAAUAAUUAAUUUUAAAAAAUAUUUAUACCUCGUCUAUCCAGCUGGGUUGCAGCUUCCAACACAUAUAAAAACAUAAUAAAACGUCAAACAUUAAAAACUUCCUGAUACAGGACUGCCUUCAGAUGUCUUCUAAAAGUUGUGUAGUUCUUUAUCUCCUUGACAUCUGAUUGGAGGGUAUUCCACAGGGGAAAACAUUGCGUUACAUGUCCUGAAUCAGUCCAAAGCACAGCACAAGCCCCCAGUCCUCAUUCUUCUGGCACCCUGUUGGCUAGCAAAAGUGAGGCAAGCUGAGUCUGUCCUGCUUAAGGCCUGGUCCUCACAGAUCCCUCUGGGGAUCUUCCAUCCUGUGUGUGUCCGGGCAGCAGUGGAGUGCGGACAUUUAUUCUCUCGUGUCUGAGCUUUCUUGGCAGUCCUUUUCUCCUAGUCAGAUGUGGUGAGUUGUUUAUUAACCAGCCUUCCCUUGUCUCCCAGAUUGUUUAUGCAGAGCAGCCCCUGACUGACAACCACCGGUCACUGGCUUCUUACGGCUUGAAAGACGGCGACGUGGUGAUCCUGCAGCAAGUGGAGAAUGCGGGGGUGCGGCCCCCAGCCCCAUUUCCCGGUGAGGAAGGCUCCCUCUUCACCCCACCCUGUCCCUGUCAGACUUCUCCGUGGUCUGGGCUGUCCACAGGACUCAGGUCACAUUGAGCCUAGGAGUCUGUUGAUUCUCUAACCAUUUAAUUUUGCUGUUGUUGUAAACAAAAUCUGCCCCUUUCCCCUUAUGGGGUAUCCAAGAGCCCCGUAUAGCGUCCUUACGUGGGUUCCCUAUUGGUAGGAGAAAAUAACAGAGGCCAACCAGAGAAUAUUGAGAAGCAAAGCAGCUAGUAAGCCUGAUCUUUAUUAAAGCUGUUGUAACAGGGUGUUCCUGUUCCUGCAGGAGGAUGGAGGAGGACCCAGAACAAAGGUGUGCCUGCCCUUAUAUAGACAUUUUAAAUCCCCUGCCCUAGAGCUCAAGACCACCCCUCCAUACAUCAUACCUACAUCACAGAAAAGGUGGUCUACAACAGAAAUUUGAAUGUUGUUGUUUUUCCUGUCUGCCAGUUCCUGGUGCCUUAUCUGAUUGCCUUUCCUGGUAGUCUGCCCAUUCCUUUGAAAUGGUGAUUACCCAAUUCCUGCCCUCCCUCCUUGCAGAGAAAACAUUUGGUCAGUUUGGGAGUCAAAAUGGUUUCAGGGCGGUCUUCCUGUGCUGCUCCAGACAUGUGGUCCACAUAUCUAUGUUUGUGCUUGGUUUGUACAUUUAUGAACAUUCAUUAUAUAUAUAUAUAAGAUCUUAAUUUUUUUAUUGCACUGUCUUAAAUAACGGUUUCAUUAAAAGGUUUCUGAGCCAGUGUGUCUUACUGUUAACCAGAAGUUUGGUGGUUCGAGCCCACCCAGGGGCAGCUGUGGGUGGGAUUCCUGCAUUCUAUAACUCUAUGAAACUGUGGGCUGAGCCAGCCUCUUCCUCUCGUCCUGCUUUGGGAAACUGUCUUCUGCUCACCGCUGUUCCUACUGCUCCACUCUUGAGCAUUGCUUCCUUGUCAUGCUCUGCACAUGCUGAGACCGUAAGGACACUUGUGAGCUUCCUCUUCCCUGGAGCCGGCCAUCGCUUGCCCAGGAGGAAAAAGCAGGGAAUUCCUCGUGGCAGAGGCUGCUGUGAUCCCGGAGCUACCAUUGCUGUGUCUCUUGACUGGAUCUUCAUAUAUCUAAAGGGCUGUCACAUGGAAGAUGGAGCAAGCUUGUUUUCUGCUGUUCCAGAGGGCAGGACCUGAACUGAUGGGUUCAAGUUACGAGAAAGGAGAGUCUGGCUAAACAUCAGGAAAAUAUUCUGGCAGAGAGAGCUGUUUGACAGUGGACCAAACACUCUCAGAAGGGUGUGGACUCUCCUACAUAGCAGGACUUUAGGCACAGGUUGGAUGGCCAUCCUGUCCAGGACUAUGUCACUGUGGUUCCUGCAUUUCCGGGGGUUGGACUAGAUGACCAUUGGGGGUCCCUUCUAGCUUUACAAUUCUGUGAUUCUAUUAUUUUGUCAACCUGCUGAACAACAUUGUGGAGGCUGGAUACUUGGCAUGGCUGAGUGUGUGCGUAUAUGUGCAUAGGUGUCAAAGUUUUCCUUUUUUAAAAAGGGAAUUUCCCUUAUUCCGAAUAGGAUUCCUUGCAAGAAAAGGGAAAAGUUGACAGCUAUGGUAUAUGUGUGUAUCAGAGGGGAUUGGGCCUUGGGGUCCCCCCCGCCAUACGGUAAAAAUCACCAGGGCUAGUAUUAACUGUUCUGUUAAUUCCCCUCUGCCUAGGUUUGCCCAGGAUAGACUUCAGCAGCAUCACAGUUCCUGGGACUUCAGGCCAACCUACCCAGCUGCCCUCACUGGCACCCCCAGUUCAGCAGCCCUCCUCGCAGCCUGGCCCGUCUCCUCCCGAGUUCCCCUCCCCACCGCAGGGCUUGGACAACCCGGCGCUGUUGAGAGACAUGUUGCUGGCCAAUCCCCACGAGCUUUCCCUGCUGAAGGAGCGCAACCCACCCCUAGCAGAGGCUCUGCUCAGCGGGGACCUGGGUGAGUAUCUCCCCCGGCGUGGGGCGUUUGUGCCGGAGGAGAAGAAACCCCCUGGAUUCUUUGGGGUAACUUGCUGGAAGGCUGCAGGACGGGCAGAAGAAGGGGUGCUUUAGCCUCAUGGCUGUGCUCAGAUGGGUGGGUGGGUGCAUGGUUUGACUUCCUGGUUUUUGCACUAUCCCAGACUGACGAGGAUUUGGGGAGAGGAGGGAAGUGAGGAGUGUUUGGAAAGAAACUGGAGCUGCGUGGUGCACGUGUAGCGCUUCGUGAGUUGUUGAGGCGUGCCACAGAAACGCUAGCUGUGGCUGCCAGUUGCUAUUGUAUUUCCCCCCCAAUUUUUUUUGUUUUAGUUUUCCAAGUUUAUAACAAACAAACAGAAAAAAAACCAUCAAGAACAAACAAACAAACAUUAUUCAUGGCUAUAAUAAUUCCACUUUUGUUAACAUUGUUAAGUGACUUCCUCAAAUCCCUCUGGCUGAGUUUCCAUAUAAAUCAUUGUACAGUGGUGCCCCGCAAGACGAAUGCCUCACAAGACGAAAAACCCGCUAGACGAGAGGGUUUUCCGUUUUUCGAUGCGCUUCGCAAGACGAAUUUCCCUAUGGGCUUGCUUCGCAAAACGAAAAAGUCUUGCGAGUCUUGCGAUUUUUUUCGCUCCCCCCCCCCUUUUUCUAAGCCGCUAAUAGCCUUUUAGCCGCUAAGCCUUUAAUAGCCGCUAAACCGCUAAUAGCGCUAACCCGCUAAUAGAGUUGCUUCGCAAGACGAAAAAACCGCUAGACGAAGAGACUCGCGGAACGGAUUAUUUUCGUCUUGCGAGGCACCACUGUAGCAGUAUUCCAAAACUAUUUUCACAUAAAAUUUACUUAGUCAAUUAACAUCUUUUUUUCUGACAUCCAGCGCCAAGGGCCUUCUGGCGGUUCCCUCAUUGUGAACAUCUGAAGGCAGCACUGUUUAGGGAAGCUUUUACUAUUUAAUGCUGUACUGUUUUUAACAUUUGAUUGGGAGCCGCCCAGAGUGGCUGUGGAAAUUCAGACAGAUGGGCGGGGUAUAAAUAAUAAAUAAUUUAGUCACUAUUGUAAAUGUCUUUCCUUACUCUAGAGAAGUUCACCCGGGUGCUUGUGGAGCAGCAGCAAGAUCGAGCCCGCCGGGAGCAGGAGAGGAUCCGCCUGUUCUCCGCUGACCCUUUUGAUCUUGAGGCUCAGGCCAAGAUCGAAGAGGACAUUAGGUAGGCAAAGGUCUGGGAGCCACCCCUGGGGGUGCAAGUGGCUUGUUGGUUUCAAACCUGGAGCAAACGUAGUGCAGAUUUGUCGCCUCCUGGCUGAGCCUUCUCUGAACUCCCGCGCCUCCCUGACCUCUAAGGGGGUGGGGGACAACAGGUAUCCUCAAAACCACAUCUGUUGGGUUUAUGAGGAAGAGCUGUAGCUCAAUGGCAGAGUGUCUGCCUUGCAAACCGAAGGUCCCAGGUUCAGCGCCUAAUGGGAUUUCCAGGCAGGUUUGGGAAGAGACUCCCUGCUUGUAACCCUGGACAGCUGCUGCCUGUCAGUGCAGACAGUAGUGAGCUAGAUGGACCCAAGGGUCUGACUCUGUACAGAGCAGGUGGGAAAGAAUCUCAGGCAGCAUCUCUACACAUGCAUGCACACAGAGAGCUAACCUGUGAAGCAUCUCGGGGUGGCCCUGCACGAGGCCAGGCCUGCUGUGGGUCAGCCCUGUUGUCAGUUUCACCCUCUGGCCCAGGGGGUCGCUCUGCCUCUAGCAUGGAGCACGUGGCAGGCAGCCCAGUCUGGGAAGGCCAAUCCAUGGUGCUGGCGGUUAAUGCUUGCCCUUCACCCGUGUUUUGAUGUUGGAUCCAGGCAGCAGAACAUCGAGGAGAACAUGACGAUCGCCAUGGAGGAAGCCCCGGAGAGCUUUGGCCAAGUGGUGAUGCUCUACAUCAACUGCAAAGUCAAUGGCCACCCUGUGAAAGCCUUUGUGGACUCAGGUGAGUUAGGCCAAGAGAUAGCCACUGGCCCAAGGUCACCCACUGAGCGAGGAUUGAACCUUGGCUUCCUGGAUCCUAGUCCCACAUGCUAACCACUAUGCCAAACUUGCUCUUGUCACCCAGCAAGACAUUGGGCUGCUUCCAGUGCUGGGUCUGCUCUUGAGUAAACCUCUGUUGGUUACAACCCCUUGCCUUGGUCCUGUGCACUUAAUUCUAAAUUUCUGCUGUGCUUGUGAGAGAAGGGGGGGAGAGCCUUGCUCCCAGAGGCAAAUGUUUCCCCAAUCAUUGCCCCCAUAAUGGGGAGAGUAUGGGACAGCUGCCCCUUUUGCUCCCUGGGAAGAGGUUGGGUGUGCCUUUUAACACCGGCUGCUGUAUUUCUGGCAGGGGCACAGAUGACCAUCAUGAGCCAAGCGUGCGCAGAGAGGUGCAACAUCAUGCGGCUGGUGGACCGGAGGUGGGCAGGCAUUGCCAAAGGCGUGGGGACCCAGAAGAUCAUUGGCAGGGUCCACCUGGGUAAGGGCGGCAGAUUCCUUGCAGCUGGCUGGCGGGUCAGGGAGGGUGGGGAGCUCCCUGCUUCCAGAGCCAGAGUCGAGGCUGCUGCAGGCAGCACAAAGUGGAACUCUUAUUCCACAGGAGGCAGUGAUGACUGCCAACUUGCAGAGAGCAUUAGCUAGAUUCACAGAGGAGGGUAGAGGCGCUGUUUUCCCUCUGCUGUCAGAGGCAGGAAAUUUAUUUUAUUACUAUUAUUUAUUGAAUUUAUAUACCACCCUAUACCCGGAGGUCUCAGGGCGGUUCACAGAACUGCAAAAUGCAUAAUCAAAAUAAAAACAACAACCCAAUAACCUCCCAUCCCCCCAAAAAGCACAUUUUAAAAUGGCAUAGGAUCCUCACAACAUUUAACAAACCCGGACAGGAGCCACUUGUUGGAAAUACCAUGAUCUCAGACAUGUCUGCAGUGAUAUUUAUGAAAUAUUGCUCUGAAUGUUUAUGAGUGCCAGUGGCUGGAAAUCACAAUUAGGGAAGAGUUGCUCUUGUGCUCGAAUCCUGCUUGUGGGUGGCCACUGGGAGAACAGGGUGCUGGACUUGGGUGGGAAUUCUAGCCUGAUCCUGCUUCGGGCAGCUGCUUACGUUAAUACGACUUGUCAUGGCCAACGGCUAGAACAAUCAAGUUAUUUGAAUUGGAUUAGUUUGGUUAAUAUGCCAGUCUCUCUUCUCUCCUCCCCACCCCCAAUCUGCUUUAGCUCAGGUCCAGAUUGAAGGAGAUUUCCUGCCUUGUUCGUUCUCCAUCCUGGAGGAGCAGCCCAUGGAUAUGCUCCUGGGACUGGACAUGCUGAAGAGGCACCAGGUGAGGCUGGCAAAGGCGGCAGCAUCCUCUGAAAUGUGUAUAUGUGGGUAUCUCUGUGUGUGGUCUUCGCCCAGCAGCUUCUAUCCUUUUUAAAAAAACAAAUACAGUGGUACCUCGGGUUAAGUACUUAAUUCAUUCCGGAGGUCCGUAUUUAACCUGAAACUGUUCUUAACCUGAAGCGCCACUUUAGCUAAUGGGGCUUCCUGCUGCUGCUGCGCCGCUGGAUCACGAUUUCUGUUCUCAUCCUGAAGCAAAGUUCUUAACCUGAAGCACGAUUUCUGGGUUAGCGGAGUCUGUAACCUGAAACGUAUGUAACCAGAAGCGUAUGUAACCCGAGGUACCACUGUACAGUGAUACCUCAGGUUACAGGCUCUUUGGGUUACAAACUCCGCUAAGCAGGAAGUGGUUGCUCCAGGUUAAGAACUUUGCACCAGGAUAAGAAUGGAAAUUGUGCGGCAGCAGGAGGCCCCAUUAGCAAAAGCACACCUCAGGUUAAGAACUAUUUCAGGUUAAGAACGGACCUCUGGAACGAAUCAAGUUCUUAACCCGAGGUACCACUGUAUGUUCAAUAGGUCUUUUUUAAGCGUCAUACAGAAAUCCUGCAAAUUAACUGCUAUCAGCAUUUGAUAGCAGUAUACAUAGUCCAUAUACAAUAGAGGACCGCUUGGAAGGAAGAAGUUCCCACCAAAGAAGAAGGGAUAAGUAAGGUGAUGGACUAUGCAGAAUUGGCAAAGUUAACAGCCAGAAUAAGAGAAUCUAACAAUGAUAGUUUUGUGGAAGUAUGGAAGCCCUUUUAGGACUACGUAAGGAGAUAUUAUAGUUCGAUGACCUCGCGUGCAGGAUUUGAAUUAUGAGCCACAGAAGGAAUUGGUCAAUACAGUAUUGAUGUGUUGGCAUAAGAAAUAGAAUGCAGUGGGCAGCAGAGGGGGUAGAAAUUAAAACACCAUGGAAAAUGGGGCGGGAAGUAAAGAAAAGACAAAUUCAUUAUGUUAAUAUUUUUUGAAAAUUCAAUAGGAAUUUAUUAUAAGAAAAAUAAAAUUAUUUUUGUUCACUGUCCCAACAAAAACAAAUAUAAAAUAAAGCCAAAUAAUUAAGCCACAGGUAUGUGACUGCGAGGAAGGUUGCAACCAGAACUACUUGUGUCAUAGACAUAAUGGUUAAACAAGAUGGUUAAAAACCAUGGUCUCUAUAUUAUACUGAGGGAAGGUAACUGAAUGGAUUCAGGGCAUUUGAAUGCUUUACCUGUCACAUUCAUUUGUAGGGCAUUGGCCAUCUACCCUGUUUUUCCCUGGGUGCUUUUGAAGCUGUCUGGCAUUAGGGCAUUGCCUGCAGUUGAAGGGCAAUGAAGCUCCCCUGGUGUCCCCUAACCAGGAUCUCUGCUCCUUCCCACCCACCACCAGUGUUCCAUAGACCUCAAGAAGAACGUGCUGGUGAUUGGCACUACCGGCUCCCAGACGACCUUCCUGCCGGAGGGGGAGCUCCCCGAGUGUGCAAGGUUGGCCUACGGGGCGGGGCGAGAGGACGUGCGGCCCGAGGAGAUCGCAGACCAGGAGCUGGCAGAAGCCAUACAGAAGUCCGUCGACGAAGCAGGUACAGCAAGGAUACGCAAGGUGGAGUGGCAAGACACCUGCCUGGCAUGCCAAAGGGCCCCAGGCCCAGUCCCUGGAAUCUCUAGCUAUAGGGCUGGGAGAGCCCCACCCUGCUUGCUGUCCUGGAGAGCUGCUGCCAGCCAGUGUAGGUCAGUGCUGAGCUAGAUGGGCCCAAGGUUCUGGCUCCGUGUUUCUGUUGACAGAAGGCUCCCUCGUUUCCCCUUUGCCAACCUGGCUGGCCGUUUUUGUGCAAGCCACUGCAAAGGCCGAGACCGAGAGGAGUUGUAGUUUGAAGCACUUGGAGAGCACCAAGCUGGUUUAAGAGCAUGCCAAGAGUAGAGGCUUCUUCCUUACGCCUCCUAGAGAUGGUGCCUGUGACUUCUUAAUUUGUUAAUCUAUUAGACCCUUAUUAACCUAACCAGUUAAUCAGUUGAAAGUUGCAGAACCCCGUUUGCAUAGAAAUUUUAUAAAAGGAAUCGCAGUUACCUUUGUAACCCACUUGCCAAGGAGCGUGGUGGUGGUUUAGCCUUACACCAACCCAGUGAGGUAGGCUCGGCUGCAAGACACUGGCUUUCCCAAGGCUCCCCAGUGAAUGAUGAACCCAAGGCUGCCUUCCUGGCCACUGAGCUUUGUUGGCUGCUCAACCAAUAAGACUCAGAAGGCACCAGAGGCCCCUUCCUGCUCUUUGCGGGCCCUGCUUCCACCUUGGUCCCAAAGCAGGAUUGUCCCCUCCUCACAAGCCAGGCUAGGUGUCCUCCAUUGCAGCAGAACAGCACACACAGAAUCAUAGGAUAGAACUGGAGAGUUGGAAAGGACCCAAGGGGUCAUUAUGGCCCAGCCCCUCUUGCAAAGCUAAGUAUAUUGAAGUAAGGUAAAAGUAAAGGGACCCCUGACCAUUAGGUCCAGUCAUGGCCAACUCUGGGGUUGCGGCGCUCAUCUCGCUUUAUUGGCCGUGGGAGCCGGCAUACAGCUUCCAAGUCAUGUGGCCAGCAUGACUAAGCCGCUUCUGGCAAACCAGAGCAGCGCAUGGAAACGCCAUUUACUUUCUCGCUGGAGCGGUACCUAUUUAUCUACUUGCACUUUGACGUGCUUUCAAACUGCUAGGUGGGCAGGAGCAGGGACCGAGCAACGGGAGCUCACCCCGUCGCGGGGAUUUGAACCGCCGACCUUCUGAUCGGCAAGUCCUAGGCUCUGUGGUUUAACCUACAGCGCCACCCGCGUCCCAUAUUGAAGUAAAGCUAGGACCAAAUAUGGCCUGGUAAAAUGCGAGGACCUUGACUGACGCUUUCACCCACCUCCCCACCACCACCUCUGGAUGCGUUAGUUGCAGUUGCAGUUGCCCGAGACAUCCGAGUCAGAAGACAGGAGGAGAGGAGACUGCGGAGGGAGCGUCGCCUGUCUUCGGGAGCCUCUGCCCGCCACAGGACCUCCCAGUGCGUCAUCUUCUAACGCCUGGCACUCCCCUCACCCAGGCCUUACAUCUUGGAUAAAACAGCGUGCCAGGGGAAUUGCUUUGUACUCCAGUCCUGACAUUAAAAAGCCUCCCGUUCCAACACGUCUAGCUCAGUCUCGAGUUUUGUUCGGAGACCCCUGGCCCACCUCGAGGAGAGACAGGAGUGCUUAGGAGGGCAGGGGGUGGGGCAGGCAGCCUUCAUGCCUGUCUCGAAGCAACAGCUUUGCCGUUCCUCCACCUUCUCUCCCUUUUCUCUGCCAGGCUAUUUCUCCCCAUCCCCCAGUGCUUCUUCCCGGGCAUUUGAGUGGGCAGACCCCUCUGCUCCUUACUAGUGGCUGCUGUGAUUUUGUGGCAUUAUAAUUCUUUGCCUGAAAUGCACCAGAAUUUUUGGUGUUUCAGGAAAAGGAGGAUGGCCCUUUGUUUAGGAGCUAGGGGCUUGGAGUAGUGGUGGAUUCUAACAUUCACCACUACUCCACAGCACAUUCAGUCUUGUAAAGCUGAACCAGGCCUGUCUGGUUGCCAUGUGGGGUGAUGUGGAAAGCCUUUGACCACGUUCUCUCCCACAGCAGUGAAACGCAGCUUAGAUGCUCUUUCCAGAAGCUAAUGUUUGUUUACCUACAAGAUCACCUGAUAGGCUUUUGCUCAUGUGCCACAUAAACCCUGGAACAUGCCCAGGAGCCCGGGCUGAGGCUUCUGUGGGGCCCAAGGGCUUGUGGCAAAGGGGCAGAGAAAGAAGGCUUCAGCAGCUGGCAGGCUGAUGCAGAUCAUUCUCAGCCACUGGCCCUGCAAGCAGGGACUAGGCAUCCCAAGAACAUCUGGAGGGAAUUUAGGGCAGGGCAAGCAGUUGCGCUGCACAGAGCACCCAGCUGAGGGGGCGCAAAGUAGUAGUAACAACAACAAUAAUAAAAAAACCCAUAUUUAUAUGGUAACCUACUGAGACAGGGCAGGUGGGGCUUGUCUACCUGGGAAGGUAGCCCAAUUAGGAGAAGGAAACCUUGGAUCCAAAACCUCCACUGGAUAUUUUUGGGAGAAGGAAAGGCUAAGGAGCAAACAGAAAUCUGGAGUGGAGUCCCUAAGGCAGUUGGAUGGCGCCUUGUCAGCCUCCUUCCAGCAACUCCUGCAAGCCAAGCUGGUGCCAAACGUAUUUCUCUGCUUUCCUUUGGACCACCAUCAGCGAGGCCAAGAGCAGCCGGGUCUUGUCACCUGGGGAGCCCAGGAACCCCAGACACAUGGUCUAGGCUUGCGUCCCGGGGAAGUCUCUUUGGUGCUGCUAACACCGUGGCCUGACUUCACUCCCAGAGGCGUGAAGUCUCCCGAGACAGUAAGGUGCCAACAACAAGAUUGCCUUACCCCAUAUAUGCCCACGACAACUUCGAUUGGCUGAACUGGCAUUACUACAGAUGCCAUUUCUACAUUUGUAAGAAAUCGAUCUGUUAGUGUGUUAUCUUAGCUCUCUCAAACUCUUUAUUUUUGUAAAUUUUUCUUAGUGCGAUACCGUUACUGUUUUAUUUUUUGUAAACCGCUUUGAGGUUUUUGUUUUACAAUCAAGCUGUAUAGAAAUUAUGAAAUAAAAAAUAAAAACAGCACUUGAUAACCCUGGGAAGACGUGGAGUCACUCCUUGUGAUGCCCACUGUCACUUUUCUGCCUUGAAAAUCUUUAGCAAAGGAAAGCUUGCAUUCCAUUCUUGAGUUACACAUUUGAAAACUGUUCCUCCAUGUUCCCCAUCCAAUGUUGCUGCUGUCCUGCACCACCUCCCUGACCCCUGCAAGUCUGGCCAUCCUGAAUUACUUUUAAAAUCUCCCCCCACCCCACAGAGGCAACGCUAGAGGCCUCCUCCCUGUCUAGUUCUUGAGCCCUCCUUGGUUUUGUUGGUUUGCGGCAGAGGAUGGAAACGUGGCCCCCCCUCCCUAGGGAUCAGCUGGGGCAGUGCCUGCACAGGGUUAGCAAGCCCAUUGAGUCAACUAGAGCCAGGAAAAGAUUCUGAAGAGGUAGCGCAGUGGAGAUCUUCAGGCAGCUGGAGAGUCCCUUCCUCGCAGAUCAUCGAGAUCUAGAUGGCAGGGAGGCAGAGAGGAACCCAGAGCGCAGGCUCAGAAAGUGGCCCAGAAGCAUGCAGUGCCAAAAAUCCAUGCUAGUUGAGAAUAGAAGACAGGAGCCCUGCCAGCGCCCAUCCACACCGGACGUCAACUGGAGUGCAAGCGGACGGUCCUUGACCCAUUCUAAAAAGCAAUUCAGUGUGCAUUGUGAGGCUAAGAUAGCUGAGGAUCGUUCCUGGAAGAAGUCCCAGCCGUGAGGAGCUGCUAAGUUGCAUGCAGGAAUGGGAGGGGACAGGAAAGCAGACCAUGACAUGAGGACCCACACGAGGGCUGCAAGCCACCUCCCGAGUCGUGGUGCAUGUGCGUGUGUGCUAACCCGAGUUUGGUGUGUUUGUCUCCUAAUCCAAACAGAACGCCAGAAGCCUUGAUGCAUGUUGUGUGGGGUUUGCUGCCGCUGGAGUGGGCCACAGACCAGGUAUUCCACCGAGCUCUUCCAUCUCCUUGACGGGGGUUGCAGGGGUGGGGACUUCAAAGGAGCUCCUGCCUACUCUGGCAUCUUCCCUGGUCGGCGUGAAGCAGGCUCUUGGAUCUUCUCAGCGUCUGCUGCAGAGAGAAGAGAACUGCAGAGGGGGCAUAUUUUUGUGGAUGUGCUCGAUUCAGACAACUUGAGUGCAGUAGUUUUUGGUGGUGCCUGGAGCUGAACACUCAACACCACUCUCUGAGGGAUUAACUCACCACUGGCCAGACUUGGCCUCUUUUUUGGAUGUUCACCCCAGAACCGAUAAGUGGGGGGAAGUGCAGGAGUUUUGUUUCGUUCAGUCUCCGGGGAGUUUCUCAGGUGAGUAGAUGCAAAGCGGACCUCAGAACCAGCUACUUGUUUUAAGACUGUUUGCCAAAUAACUCAAGUCAGAAAUGCAGUGUCAUGUUUAUUUUAGCUAGCAAAACUUUUGACGCCUUUUGCUCUGGGAUUGAUUAUCUCACAAGACUGACUAACCAGGGAGCAAGAGGCUCAUAUCCAGAUCUGUACUUUCAGGAGCUUAGAUGACCCCCGAGCUCAAACCUAACACGUUGCCUAGUGCUGAGCAAAUCAGCCUGGCGGGAGGGCUGCUUCUAAUACACCUGUCUUUCAAGACGAUUUCGAGAUGCUUGAAAUAAAAUAUAUUUUGAAACAUGGCCAGGCUACUUUACCACUGAAUCCUCUCUCCUUUUUUCACCCUGGGAAAGGGAAAAUACCCAGUUUUGGAUAUUUAUAGCCUACUCUUAAAAUGUUAGCAGGAAUGUUGGUUUCACUAAUUGCAUCUUGUUGGAGCAUGGGGGGAAACAGUGAAACCUGUAGCUUUGUAGCCACUCUUGAUUCUCAGCCUUAUUUAUAUGCUGUAUCUCUGCCAAAGCAGUAUGGGCAGCUUCCUGCCAAAAGGGCAAGAAGGGGGCGGAGGACGAAGAUAUCUGGUGCCUGUUUGGGUGCCAGCUGUUGGUUUCAUGCUGCAUAAUAAUAAUAAUGACAGGUGAGGUAAGGUGAGGUGGCUGCUUGAUGGAGGCAGCUCUGACAGAAGCCAAACCAACCCAGUGGAAUCUCAGACCCAUAGGAUUGUAGUGUGGGAAAGGGGCCAGAAUGGUCAUCUAGUCCAACCCCCUGCGAGACAGGGGCAAAGGCUGCCCCUGCCUCUCUUCCCCCAGUGUUACUAUACUUGGGGUGCGGGUGGAAAAACAGGAGCCUUGCCUAGUGGUUACUAACCUUGGUGGUUCCUUUCUACUUUCACAGUUGGAGGCAGUUCGGAUAUGAAUAUUAGUAGCUGGAAAUCACAUGUAAAAAGAGUGUUUUCUUGCACUCAAGUCCUGCUUUGGGGCUUCCCAUUGGGGCAUCUGGUUGAGCACUGUGAGGGUUAGAUGGGCCCCCUUGGGCCUGAUCCCUUUUUUUUUUUUUAAUAAUAUUUAUUAAUUUUCCAACAAUUUAAACACAACACUACAAAAAAAAAGCAUAAAAAAAGAAGACAGUGCAAUACAAUACAAAAACACUACAAAGCACUAACACAUAAAACUAAUAAAACAAAAACAAAACCAUUUCAUUAUCUUAUCUUUCUUUCACUUGUUUCCACGACCACCUCACACCUCCCUUUUUGUAUUCCACUUCUGUUAAUUGUUUCAGCAAUUCCUUUCCAUCUUCCUCUGUUUUCUAUCCUAUAAUUAUCUUAACACAUUCUAACCUUAUUUUCCCUUUAAUACUCUAUUAAUCUAUUUAUACUUAAUUCCUUAUAACAUUUCUACCAAAGCCAUAUAACUUCAUUCCAACAUUUUUCUAACAUUCAUUAAUUUUACAGUAUUUCUGUAAAUAAUCUUUAAACUUUUUCCAAUCUUCUUCCACCGAUUCUUCUCCCUGGUCUCCCCUUGGGCCUGAUCCAGCCUCCAGGCAUUUUUUAACAGUACCCUGAGUGCAUAUCCCAAAGCAAGUCCCGGUGACGCAAGCUAAUGGGCUGUACCUCCUGAAGGUUUUAUAUACGCUCAUGGAACGUAUCAAAGGGAGAAUCUCAUUCCAUUUCUCUCUCCCCCACCCCUUUCUCCUCUCCCCUUUGUACAGAGAAUAGUGACAAAGAAACUACCUCACUAGAAAUGCCAUCGCUACCAACUUCUGAUGGGACGAAACGUCCAGUCCGUUUUCCAGAGAUGGGUCCGAAGGCCGGCGACCUGGCAAGCCAAUUGCUUGACCGUUCAGUCUCUGCGCCUUCUGUUUUCUCCCACGAGGGCAGCCAGGAUGAGACUCUCAGCCCCAAGGCGGCCAAGUCCAUAGACUCUCUUCUUGAAUGCCCAACCAAUUUGGAAGGCAAAGAGCCGCUUCGGUCUCCACCAAACCAUACUGCUUCUGCCAAUUCCGAUGCUUCCCCGGCUGAAAAAACUGGAACGGGGUCCCGUCCUCAUUCACAGGACCGAGAGCCAGUUUCUCAUGGCAGCCUGCAGAAGCCCAGUGCUGAAGACGAUCCCCCUGGUCUGGCGCCUGCUGUUGAAGGAGAGGGAGGAAGCCACUUGCUGGGCAUUUGUGGGUGGCCAAAGGAUCUGGACGGACCCUUCGCUUCAGAGCAGCAGGAAGGGAAACAAACACAUAAGCUUCAAUUAGACCUCCAGACACGUGAAACCCUUGGAAAUGAGCAGCCUCUGGGUGUGCAGAAGGUACCAGAUUACCAGGAGCCUCCCUGCGAGAUGGCUGUUUCCCCAUCCCCUGCUGAUGGAGAGCAGAGCCCUGACAACGUCCCCAUGGAAAGGGAGGUGGGGUUUUCUGCAGGGGAGGGAAGGAGCUCAGAGAGUCUGCUGCCAGAGCACCCUGCAGUGGGAGCUACCCAGGACCCUUCAGAUCCAAAGAGCUCCCUUGGACUGGCUGCUGUGAGCUCAGAAUGUGCCAUGAUGGAGGUGGAAUGGACCAAGCGAGUUGACUCCACUCCGGCCACUGAUUUGAUGCAGCCAGGAAAUGCAUUUUUUGAAUCGGAUACACCCACCACCCCUCCCAGUGGCCAACUGACCGAUCAGGCGGAAGACCAGCACGUCUCCCUCUCCUCUGCCUUAAAGGAGCUUCACCAACUUCUUGCUGUCAGUUGCAAAGGGGAGUUAAGUGUUCCUUGGCAUGAAGACACCAGCCUGUCCGCGUCUGCCCCUGAAGAGCAAACGGCAGGUGGGGAGAUCUUUAAAGAGGAACACGGAUGUGCACGCCUUGAGAGCCAGGAUGUGGAACUCCCCAUCCCUGAAAGUGCAGGGAUACAAGUGUCCAUUGACCUCCAGGAGGCCCACAGGUUGGCUGUGACGUCCGAACGGGAGGCUCUGGUCAUCCAAGGAUCUUCUACUUUGAGCACUUCCCUCUCCCUGAGCCCAUCGGCAGCUUCUGCUCAGCUUCCGCACUGUGAAUGUUCUGAAAGCCAGCCUCCUCAUUUAGUUCUGGGUGGGGAAACUUUGGAGCAGGGCCAGCGUCUCAGCAUGGGUCAAGAUGCGUCUCUGAGCUCUCAGAGUUCUUUCCCGGAAGAAACUGGACCACCAGACACCUUAAAUGCAGGUGCUUUGGGGCCACUCGAUGAGCCAACUGGCCCCUUGCUGCCUCUGGGCUUCCCCGAUCUCGUGCCCCGCUGGCCCUCUGUUUUCCCUGCUGCAGACAUUGAUCAGAUUGUGGGGGCCGGCUUUACACCCCAGGAAGCUGGUGAGGCUUUGGAGCAUGCCGGCGGAAAUGCAGACCUUGCCCUCCUCAUUUUGCUAGCCAAGAAUAUAGUCGUUCCUACGUAACCGUGGCGGGAAGGCGGCUUGGCUUGCUGGCCUGUACUCCCCCACCCCCCCACCCCAAAAAGAGUCUGUAUCUUGACUACAUAGAAUAUUCUGCUUCGAUGAUUGAGCCACACUUUUUUUUUCUUAAAAGAAAAAGGAGAAAAGAGAGAGAAUACCAUUUAUUUUCAGCCAAAGUAUCUUCUGUCUUGUUUUCCCUUGUUGAAUUUAGGCAUUUUAAAAGGAGCAAAGCAUUGGUAAUGUAUCAGCACAGUAGCUUUUUAUGAUGAUUAUGAUGAUGAUUAAGGCAAUGUAUAAUGGAAUAAAGUCUUUAUUUAAAUAACCUGUUUUUAAAAGAAGAGGCCAAACUUAAGAGGUGAGAAAGCUGUAGAACAUAGUCCCUCUUCUUCAGCAAAUCCCUCAGAAACAGGCGUGGCAGGAGGAUCUCUGCUCUCUGGGCUAUCCUUUGCCUCCAUGGGGUUGAUGCUCACAGGGGCGGCAGAACCUUGGGUGCUUAGCAAGCAGCAGAGUGUCACAAUGGGGUGCUUUAUGCAGCUUUGCAAGGUGGGGUGGGCAAGCCAGGGCCAGCUCCAGAAGCUAAGGAGGUGAGCUCAUGAGUUUGCCAAGACCCUGGCAGAAGCGUCUCCACUUCCCCAAGAAUGCCACCAUCCACACUCUUCAUGGAGCGGGUGUGGUGAUCAGAAAGGUCCCUGAGAGAAUACUCCAUUUGCAUGCUCUUAGGCUGGUUAAGGAGAGCCCCUAAAUCUGUCGCAGCCAGUAGAAUGGUAGGGGCCACCCCUGCAAGCUCGACUGUUGGGUUGGAUUCCUGCUGCCGUAUCUUGCCUUGCUGAUGAGCAGUCAGGCUGGCAACUUAGAAGCAGGAACAGUGCUUUAUUCCCCCUUAAAAAAAUGUUUAGGGGUACUCUCAUUUUGACUCAAGAAAAUCACCAUUUUAUAGUUCAGAGCUGGGAAAAAUAAAUGCAGUAAAUGGACAAAAGUGCAAAGAUUCACAAAAUGUUUAGGGGUGUGUGUACCCCUGUGUCCCCCCCAGAAAAAAAACACUGAGCAGGAAUAACCGCUGACGCCCAGGGGCUGAACCCAAAUCUUGGCAGUAGAGUUGUCCAUUUUGAAACGCUCUUUCCCUUCCCCCUAUUUUUAAAUUUAUUUAUUUUUUGUUUGGGCCUCUCCUUGUGUGUGUUUGGCUUCAAAGGGGAGGGCUAGAAUGUGGUGCUGUUGGGUUGUCAACCAGUUCUGAAGGCGUCCCGAAGUUAAUACAGUGGGAGAUGAUGACAUUUGGGCCCCAAUGGGUGUGUAUGUAUAAACCUCUCACAUUCCGAGGUGGAGGAACCCAGAAGCCUUUUUCUCCAGCAGGCAUCCCUUCUUGAAGUGGCUUUUAGGCACAUCAGGUAUCAUGUUUGCCAUGGGAAUGCCAUACACGGAGACCCAAGCCAGGGGGCUCAGCUUUAUAUUUGCAGGCCCUGCAAAAUCCUGAAACUGUCUUUGUUGUGUAUGAAAAGAGACUCAGGUUUAAACUAGUGAAUUCUCUGUCGUUCUGGCUACUCUGCAGCUUGAGUGUUUCCUUGCGUAACUAUCUUGCUGCACUGUCCAGUACUCUGUUUACAUUGUAAUGGCGAUUAUCUAGUUCCCAGUGGACCAAAAUGGUGCACGGCUACAUUGGGGUUUGAAAAGCAAUGAGCAAUUGGGAGUGGUUUUUUUUUGCACUGAGUGAACCAAGCUCUCAUUGGAACCACACAGCUAAGAGAAUAUUUUGCAAAGAAAAUAAAUGGUGGUGACAGGGAAGAAAACGUUCCUGGAUCAUUAAAAUGUCCGAGUCCACCGCUGAAAAGAUGGGUGAGAUGUGUCAGACUUAAUCAGGCUGGACUGUCCUGGGUGCAAAGCAAUAUUGAGACGGCACUAGGAAAGAGAAGGAAAAGAACGGACACCCUCUUUUCAACAAUACCCCAAUCUAACUACCCCAUUAUUCUGUUCCUUCUAUCAUUCAGACAUUACAGAUCCCCAUUAUGGCAGAGAGCAGACCCAAAGCAAAACAUGCCCCCACCACAAAUCCAUCUAGCUUUGCUAGUUAGUACAAGAGCUGUCUUGCUUUCCUUUUGUUCUGCUCCCUGCCUCACCAGGAACCUGUGUGUGUUGAGUGUCGCUAGAACUGAUAGGAAUGACAAUUGGCUUUUAUAUUUUUCAAAGGGCAGGGCAGCUGUGUUGCUUUGUCCUGUCGUUCUUGACACAACCCGAGAUCUCUUCAUUAGGGCUUAAACCUAAUUAAAGCUCCAAUUGUAGGUGUGAGCUGGGACCUGAAAGCAAGAAUUGGGCUGCAAGUCUGCAUAAUAUUUCUGUUCCAUCUUCAUAAUGACAUAGGGGGAUUCUUUUGUCAUACCCAGGAACAUCUUUGCCUCCUCUGCAUCUCUUCCUCCUGUAAAGAGGGAAAUCCUUACAAAGAAGGCUUUUAGAGUGGAAACCUAGUCCAGGGUGGUGGUGGGGAGGGGGGGAGAGAAUUCCACGCUAGGGAUUAUUUGGAAAGAGAUUGAAAAUAAAAAGUUGUGAUUCUAUGGAAUGCUGGGCACAGUUCUGUUUUCCUCGGCUCCAAUGGGAUAUUGUGAAGCUGCAAAAAGGGCAACCCAGAAUGUGUGGUGUUGGUAGUUCUAUCUCAGAACAGUAGAACCCCACAGGGUCGUCCGUUGAAUGGUGAGAGGGCAGACAAAAGCAGGUAUUUAUUCACACAGCGCAUGGUGGAACUGUGGAAUUCACUGCUGCAAGGUGUAGUGAUGGCUACCAGCCUGGGCUGCCUUAAAAGGGGGAGUGGGCAAAUUCAGGGAGGAUGCUAGCCAUGAAGGCUAUGUUGUGCCCGUGCUGUCAGGACGCACCAAUGCUUCCGAGAUACCAGUUGCUGGGGUGGUGGGAUAAUGGGGAGAGUGAGGUUGUCUUCACUUCCUGUUGGGAUGCCUGGUUGGCCACUGAGAGAACAGGUGCUGGACUAUGCUGGGCUCCCUCUGGGGUGAUCCAGCUUCAGGGCUGCUCUUAUGGGCUUCAGUUGCAACUACCAUUUUUUCCUCCUGCAAGAACCUGCUGUGCGAUGUUUUGGACUACAACUUGCUUCAGCCCUAAAGCCUGACUUAAAGGAUGUCUUCUACCAGCUUUGAUUACUUCCCCUUUGCCAUUAAGGGCUGCCUGCUUUAAUACAAGAGAUGGUCCUGGGGUAGGCAUUUGGAGGCCUGGCCCUACACUGACUGGCAGCAGCUGUCCAGGGUUUCAGACACAGGAAAUUCCCGGCUGCAGAUGCCUUCAGGAAUUAAAGCUGCAGCCUUCAAUGUGUAAAGCAGGUGUUCUGCCACUAAGCACAUUUCUGAUGGUGACUCUCAGGCCUGAGUGGUUUUGCCCAUCUCUGAGCUGGCACAAAACCCAAGGUCUCCCAGGUGGCUAUUUGGGGCUCCAAACUCUGCCCUUUGGCUCAUGUCAGUGUUGGGGCAGAGCUGGUGGGAAUCUUGAGCUGAUUAUAUUUUACUUUUUUAAUAAAUAAAAAAAACCUCAUAUUUUGGGAAACCUUGAGCCCCUCAGGGCUGGGUUGGCUUUAACUGAGAAAUUGGGGAAGCUUACCCCACUAAUGGAUUUGCCUGUUUUUCAUAGGAAAUCUGCUUCAGCCAUAUGUAAGAAUUCUGAAUUCUGAGGCAGAUGAAUGUUGUUGCAGUUCAAAACUUCUGGAGGGCACCAAGGUAGAAUAGGCUGCUUUAGUCUAUAUAGGGUACCUCUUUUAGAAAUACAGUUGCCCCCAUUAACAAGCAACAGCGUCUGCAAAUUUGUAAGAGAACUUUUGGAUGAGUUUGGGUAGCUUUCCUACAAAAGAGUGUUGGCAAACAUCUUUAUUUAAAUAAUGAUCUGAGAGGUUGCCAGUGUCGCCGCCACCAUUCAUGAUAAUAAUUUGCAGGAGAUGGUGGACAGCUUAGCAAGGUGGGGCCUUUUUCACAAGAGGAUGCAUGACCUCAUCUGAAACUUGGCAUGCCACAGGGAUACUUCUGGAGCACAGCUUUCCAAAUUGUGUGUCGCGACACGUUAAGUGUGUUGUCUGCAUUGUGUAGGUGUGUUGUGCAAAUGCUCCUCCUGGGGCUGGAAAGGGGCACGUUUAACCUCCAGUUUGCUAGUAAAACUGAAUUGCUGUGUCAUGAAAUGAUGCAUGUCUAAAAAUUGUGUCCCCAACAUGAAAAGUUUGGAAAGCUCUGCUCUAGUGUAUGGGCCAAGAUGGAGAAAAUAUCCAAUGCCUGUCUGGAUACAAAAUCAUAGAACUGUAGAGCUGGAAAGCUGAAGCUUCCCUGACAGGUGUCCAUCCAACCUCUGUUUAAAAACCUCCAAUGAAGGAAUUUAUGUCACCUUCCAAAGGAGUUGCUGUUGGAACAGCUACUACUGUGAGAAAGUUCUCUCUAAUGUUUAGUUCUUGCAUAAGAACAUAAACCCUGUGUGAUAGAUGCGGAACAGAGGAAAGGUGCUGGAUCCAACAUUAGCCCUACUCGAAGUAGGCCCAUUGAAAUGAAUGAACGCACCUAACUUGGGCCCAGUAAUUUCAGUGUGUCCAUUCUUGAGUAGAACUUGUCUGUCCUUGAGCUCAGGAAUCCUCAAGCUGUUUUGCUUCAAUGCACCCUUCUGGGCUAUAAACUUACUUGUUUGGGCUGGGUUGUUCUUGCCACCGACAGCUUCAGCAUUGUGGGAGCAUUUGGAGUUUUGUUGCUGUUUUUCUGAUCAAGCUAUGUUUUCUGUUACUGCCACUGGCAGCCCACUUUUGGUUUCUUUGGGUUUUUUUUAAUACUUGGGGAUAAACAAUCAGAAGAAAAACAUGUAAAAACAUUUUUAAAAAUAAAAACAAAGUUUUAUCAUAA